AUGAUUGAAUAUUUCCAUAAUCAAUCUUCGAAUGUUGAAUUAUUCAUUCUUCAGGCACUCAAGUUUGCUCAAAGUCAUAACACUUCUAUUUUAUUCUAUAUUACUUUGGAUUUUAUUCAAUUCAAGUUACUGACAGGUUUCAACAAUCAAAUAGCCUGCCAACAAAUAUAUUCUUUAAUUCGUAAAUGUGAACAAUUACAACAACAAAACUCAUUGGAUCUUUAUGAUCAAUCUAAACCUUUGUUGUUAACUGAAAUAUUUCCAAAAUCAUUAUUAACCAAUGUCAAAGCUCAUUUCUACAGACUUAUUGGAGAUAAGAUGUUGUAUAGUUGUCACAAUAGACUUUCAAUCAAGAAUCAAACAUCUUCUAUUGGUUAUACCAAGUCCAGUCUCGAUUUAUAUAGCGACUAUGAAUUACUAUCUUCGAGGUCUAUUCCAACAUCAGAUAGUUCAUGUUACCGAUUGCUUAUUACUCACUUUAUUGAGUUGAGAGAUAGAGAAAAUGUAAAUUUACUAAUGAAUCAAUACAAAAAUAUCAUGGAUAAUACACUGGUAAUAGAUACAUGUGAUUUAUUAUAUUUGGAAUCUUUAAUAGCCUAUCAUCUUGACAAUAACAUACACGAGUCUGUCACAAAGAUGAAACUCUGUUUUCAAUCAUCAACAGAAUUCAAUUUUAUCCAGCUAGUAACUGUAUAUUUAACAAAUUGUGAGCUGUUAAAGAAUGAAGAAACCACUGCCCUAAUUCUUCCUUAUUUAUUGAAAGCUAUUGAUUUCUGUGAAAAGAAUCAUUUUGAAACUCACAAAAACAGAUUAUUAUUAUAUUUAUACAAGGAUGUUGAUUAUCUGACUAAUUCUUCACAUAUUCUCACUCAUGGAUCUAAAACUGAUAUUGCCUAUUAUCAUGAAUUACGUGGAUUAAAACACAAUAGAGUGGAUGAUUUGAAAGUAUCCUUAUCACACUAUCUGAAAUCAUUUUGUUUACACAAGAGCCAACAAUUGUGUUACAAAUUGGCUCAUCUAACAAAGGAUGUAUCCUAUUGCAAACUUUACACUUCCAUUCAUAGAGAACUUGUUUCUCUGAACACUCUCAACUUACUCCGAAAUGAAACACCUCUCUCCAUUGAUACUCAAAUGGAUAGAUCAAUAUCAUAUUUUAAAACACUUAUUCAAUCACUAUUGAAAGAAUUACCUUAA